UCUCAUCUCACCAGUCUACCCCUCACAACGACGUCUCCGCUCGCCCCCUUCCCUGGAUUCUUUUAAGUCCUAUUACCACCUUAUAAUAUCACCGAGAGCCACCGACACAAACCGUCAAAAAGCAGGAUGCAACAGGUCAGACUCAGUCCCCUGAGAUGCUACUGAGCGAUGAGGAUGGGUCAGAGAAGGAAGUUACGCUGGUGAGGAGAAACAACCACCGCAAAUACACCAACUGACACAGCCAUGCCCCGCCUGCCCUCCUGAUUCUCCUUCCUGACCUUUGCACCUUCCCUCGGUUCAAUCAGAGUCACAGCAGCCCCAGCAACUCCCCGUCGAGUCAGCAUGGCUACACCCUUCCUGUGGAAGCUGUCAUCCCAAAAGCUGGGCUUCUUCCUGGUCAGCUUUGGGUUCAUCUGGGGCAUGAUGCUGCUGCAUUUCACCAUCCAGCAGCGAGCCAGCCACGAAAACAGCGCUGUGCUGCGGCAGCAGAUCCUGGACCUCAGCAAGCGCUACAUCAAAGCGCUGGCCGAGGAGAACCAGAGUGUCAUGGACGGGCCCUAUGUCGGUACCAUGACUGCUUAUGACUUGAAGAAGACCCUUGCGGUGCUGCUGGAUAACAUCAUGCUGAGGCUGGGCAAGCUGGAGUCGAAGGUGGAGAACAUCUACAACGGUACGGGGGGAAACCUGACCAACGGCACCAGCACGGCAACACCCAGCGCCACAAACGCAGAGAAAGUGAACGUGGCAGACCUCCUAAAUGGAGCCCAGGAGAAGUGCGAGCUGCCGCCUUUGGAUGGUUUCCCUCACUGCGAGGGCAAGCUCAAGUGGAUGAAGGAGAUGUGGCGCUCAGACUCCUGCUACGGCAACUACGGUGUGGAUGGAUCCACCUGCUCCUUCUUCAUCUACCUGAGUGAGGUGGAGAACUGGUGUCCUCGUCUGCCCUGGAGGACAAAGACCCUGAAUGAGGAAAUCGACAGGAGGGGACAGGUGGAGGUCCGCACCAGUUUUGAGGAGCUUUACCGGGUGAUGUCACAACGGGAGGAGUUUCGCUGGAUGAUGCUGAGGAUCAAACGCAUGGCUGAGCCGUGGGUCAGCGCCAUCCGCUCGCUGGCGGCCAAGCAGAACCUGGCCAAGCGUCGGAGGAAGAAGAUCCUGGUUCACUUGGGCCUGCUGACCAAGGAGUCGGGCUUCAAGAUAGCAGAGAACGCCUUCAGCGGUGGCCCGUUGGGCGAGCUGGUCCAGUGGAGUGAUCUCAUCACCACGCUUUACCUGCUGGGCCACGACGUUCGCAUCUCGGCCUCCCUGGCUGAGCUCAAAGAGAUCAUGCGCAAGGUUAUGGGGAACAAGUCCAGUUGCCCAACUCAGGGUGAUAAGGUGGUUGAGCUCAUCUACAUUGACAUCGUGGGCCUCACCCAGUUCAAGAAGACACUGGGACCUUCCUGGGUCCACUACCAGUGCAUGCUGCGGGUGCUGGAUUCAUUCGGGACGGAGCCUGAGUUCAAUCACGCCCACUACGCCCAGUCCAAGGGCCACAAGACGCCCUGGGGGAAGUGGAACCUCAACCCACAGCAGUUCAACACCAUGUUCCCUCACACCCCAGACAACAGUUUCCUGGGCUUCGUCGUGGAGCAGCACCUCAACGCCAGCGACAUCAAGCACAUAGACGACAUCAAGAGACAGAACCAGUCGCUAGUCUACGGCAAGGUCGACAACUUCUGGAAGGACAAGAAGAAAUACCUCGACAUCAUCCACAGCUACAUGGAGGUUCACGGCACCGUGCACGGCACCAGCACCGUGCACCUCCCGAGCUACGUUAAGAACCACGGCAUACUGAGCGGCCGAGACCUGCAGUUCCUCCUCCGAGAGACCAAGCUGUUUGUGGGUCUGUCCUUCCCCUACGAGGGACCCGCCCCCCUGGAGGCCAUCGCCAACGGCUGCGCCUUCCUCAACCCUAAGUUCAACCCUCCAAAGAGCAGCAAGAACACCGACUUCUUCAAAGGCAAACCAACUCUGAGAGAGCUCACCUCUCAACAUCCGUAUGCUGAGGUGUACAUCGGUCAGCCCCACGUGUGGACGGUGGAUAUCGAUAACUCUGCUGAGGUGGAGAGGGCCAUCCGCUCAAUCCUCAGCCAGAAGAUCGAGCCCUAUCUGCCCUACGAGUUCACUUGUGAGGGGAUGCUGCAGAGAGUCAACGCCUUCAUUGAGAACCAGGACUUCUGCCACGGUCAGGUGAUGUGGCCUCCUCUCAGCGCUCUGCAGGUGAAGCUGGCUGAGCCCGGGCGCUCCUGCAAGCAGGUGUGUCAGGAGGAGCAGCUCAUCUGUGAACCCUCCUUCUUCCAACACCUCAACAAGGACAGGGACCUGGCCAGGUUUGGCGUGGACUGUCAGACGGUGGAGUCGAGCGCCGACACGGUGGUCCCGGCCUACAGCGACACUCGCCACCACUGCAUCUUCCAGUCCGACCUGCUGCUGUUCAGCUGCGCCGGCGCCCACCAGUCGCUGCGACGCAUCUGCCCCUGCCGCGACUACAUGAAGGGCCAGGUGGCGCUGUGCAAAGACUGCCUAUAGCACCCACACGCCGGCUGAAGGGAGCGGGUGGGGCGUGGACACAGAUCUGGGCGAGGUUUUUGGGGGCGUGUCUGGAUCGGGGUUAAGCGAAAUCCGAGCAGCUUCAAAAGUGUGUGUGUGUGUGUGUUUGAGAGACAUAGACACACACUCCAGGGCGUCAUGUUCAUGCAGCUGUCAAACACACACACACACACUCACUCACCGGACUCCUUAGUGGGCAGACAAACAUCUUCAUAUUUAUUGUUUUCCUUCGACUGCUGGAAGUGAAGCAGCUGUCACCCCUCAGACUCACCAGCGGGGGGCGCCACAGGUCCUGG